CAUUAGGAUAUCAAUCCACACCAAUACAAAGAAACCCUAAGAAAAAAUUCCAAAAAUAUCUUUCCAAAAAAAGGAAAAAAGACACCCAAUUUCAGAAGUAAUGGAGGAGUUAGGACUGAAGCGCAAUCAGCAUCACAAUUCACCACACCAUGGGAGGUUGCUACCCAAACGCAUAAUCUUAGUCCGCCAUGGGGAGUCGGAGGGCAACCUUGACACGUCGGCGUACUCCACCACCCCUGAUAACAAGAUCCCACUUACCCCAUUGGGGAAGUCGCAAGCCCGCUCUGCUGGCGCCCGCCUCCACGAUCUCAUCUCUCGCUACUCCUCCCCCAACUGGCGAGCCUACUUCUACGUCUCCCCCUACGAGCGCACCCGAUCCACACUCCGGGAGAUGGGGCGCUCGUUCUCCAAGCGGAGGAUCAUUGGGGUUAGGGAGGAGUCUAGGGUGCGGGAACAGGACUUUGGGAACUUCCAAGUGAAGGAGAGGAUGCAAGCUAUCAGGGAGGCGCGUGAGAGGUUUGGCGGGUUCUUUUAUCGCUUUCCUGAAGGAGAGUCCGCCGCCGAUGUCUUUGAUCGUGUUUCCGGCUUUCUUGAAUCUCUGUGGAGAGACAUAGACUAUAACAGGCUUCACAAUGAUCCUGCUGGAGACCUGAAUCUCAUAAUCAUAUCUCACGGGCUAACAUCACGGGUGUUUCUAAUGAAGUGGUUCAAGUGGACAGUGGAGCAAUUUGAGCAUUUAAACAAUCUUGGGAACUGUGAGUUUCGAGUUAUGGAGUUGGGACAUGGUGGAGAGUAUAGCUUGGCGAUCCACCAUACAGACGAAGAAUUGCAAGAAUGGGGAUUGUCUCCAGAAAUGAUUGAAGACCAGAAAUGGCGAUUCCGAGCCUCCAGGAGUGACUGGAAUGAACGCUGUCCCUGGUAUCUUGACGAGUUUUUUGACAACUUAUUGGAAACAUCUGAUAAUGAAGACGAAACUCUUGAUGAUGAACAACAGAUACUGCCAUUGGAAACAUCACUCGAUGAAGAUGAAACUAUUGACAAUGAACAGAUACUGAUAGAUUCCUAACAGUAUGUGCACAGUUAGCCUUAGAAAUUCUUUUAAUCCAAUUUGUAAUAUCAGCAGUCUGUUGUCUAUAGGAAAUUAGAUGGUGUUCAGUCUCAUUAAAGCCCAAACCUCUAGGUUGUAGUUAUAGAUGUCAAAGUGGCAAAGAUUUGUGAAAUGGAAACAUACCAUUGACUUGUACUGAGAUGAGGUUUAGAAAGGGAGAUGAAACAAAAAUUAUUUGCGUGGUAUUGUAUGUGUGCAGCUCUCGUGCUAAAUUCUUUGUAAGGGUUCUGUAUCUUCAACAAGAUAGUCCUCCCCAGAGUAUCUGUUACUAUUAGAAAUAAUAUAUAUGUAUUUUUUUAUGUAAAGAAAGAAAUAUAUUUUUA